AUGUCCCUCGACAGUCCGCUCCCUUCUCCGGGUCUUGGUCAAGCUACUCACCUAAAUGUCGCCCUGCAAAAAGACAGUAUCGGUGAGAUGAUCAAGCAAGAGAUUACCCAGCUUCGCCAGCACAUCGGAACUAUCAGAGAGCUCUUCCGCAAGGUUGUCGGACCUCUCGAGGAAUUCGACGAUGAGUACUUGGGAUCUGAUCCUAGUACGCAACUCGCGCCGGAAUGGGAAAGCCUUCAAAAGCUCUUUGACGCCUGCGUCGACAACAGCCGGCACAGCGCCGCCGCCGCAACCACUAUGAUGCGCGCGUACGCCGACGCAGUUCUGGGUAGUGUUGGGAGGAUCAACUGCGAUAAAAUUGAAAAGCAUACGCGUGCUGCCCAGCAAGCCCGUGCAAACUUCAAGGACCUGGGGGAAAACGUGCAGAAGUUCGAGCGGAAGAUCAAGCGCACCGUCAAGCGCUUGAACAUCCCCAUCGACGCAAUUAUGAUCAAGACCUGUGAGAACAUCGGAAAUCUCAAGCAAAAGGUCGCAGCGACAGCAGUCAUCACGUUCAGCUCUCAGACGGCCGAUCACCCCGCGCAGAUAACGGAUCAAGAGUCAGGUUUUCUGGCGAAGAUGGCCGCGUGCGCCCCUAACGCUGCGCAGGUGCUGUGUACCCUAUCACCCAUGGCUGCAUUGAGGGCGAUGCGGGUUGCCUGUGUCGGACCAGCAACCAACGAGGACACUCAGCGUGAACGAGCGCAAGCGGAGCUAGAGCAGUGCGCUGCGCAGAUGCCCAUGCUACUCGAACGGAACCGCAUCCCACCGGCGCUUCGUCCUUACUAUCAGGAGUGGUGGGCCAACACUCAAGAGGAUAUCCACGCCGUGUCCAAGCGCAUCGAGGCCAUCGCCAGGAUCUGGGAUCAUCUGCACGUUGACUUAACCGAACUCGAGACGAACUUGGAAGUAUGCUCCAUGGAAGAGAACGUUUCUCAGUCUAUCUUUCUCAUGGAGAAGAUUGACGUCAGUCGCACCGUGUUCAGCCGGCUCACGGAGUGUUUGGAGCUUUACGCGCACCAAGUAUCGCUGUAUUAG